AUGGAAAGAGAUUUCGUCAAAUCACUGCCUCCAGGCUAUAAGUUCAAGCCAACAGACGAACAGCUGGUUGAUUUUUACUUGAAAAGGAAAGCCUACAAUAUACCAUUGCCACCCGUUAACCUCUUUAGGGAAGUUGAUCUCUACAAGUAUGAUCCUUAUACUCUUACAGAGAUGAGUGAUAAUGCAUCGUCGUGGAAUGGCAUAACAACGGAGUGGUAUUUUUUCUCACCUAGAGAUCGUAAAUACCCGAAAGGCUCGAGGCCUCGACGAAGAGCCGGUGAUGGGUACUGGAAGGCAACUGGAAAGCCUACUCCGGUCAUCUCCAGCGAUGUGGAAGUCGGAUCCAAAAGAAGUUUGGUCUAUUGCAGAGGUAAAUCACCUAACGGUGAAAAAACCGAUUGGAUCAUGCAUGAGUAUGUGUUAGCCCAAGCUCCACCAAGACAAAGACUUAACGACCAAGACAUGCAGCUUGAUUGGGUGCUGUGCAGAGUAUAUAAGAGGAGGGAACCAAGGUCAAAAUCUGGAACCCCAGUUGAAGGAUGCAAUAAUAAAGAACAAGAGGAAAAUGGAAUUUCAUCUGAUGCCUUGAAUACGGUGAUGCCACGACAAACUAUUUCAGUGCCUUUUUCCAAUCAAUAUAAUGAUUAUGUGUUCCCACGGUAUACAGAAUCUUUUGGUGCUGGUACAAUGCCUGCUCCAUUGGCAUCAAUGCCUCCUUAUCAUCAGUUUCAACCGAAAGUUCUGCCGUCGCAUCAGUUUUCCGGUGCCGGACCUAUCAAUUUGAAUUUCACAACGCCUUAUGAGUUCAUUGUAGAUGUACAACAAGAGGACGUCGACAAUGGUGCAGUUAAUGUAGCUCAGAAUAAAGGCCAAGUGCUGAAAAAUGGUUCAUUUGUGCUCCAACAGAAUUCAGAAUCUUUCGGUGUUGGGACAAUGCCUGCUCCAUUGGUAUCAAUGCCUCUUUAUCAUCAUUUUCAACCGGAAGUGCCACCGUUGCAGCAUUUCUCCCGUGUCGGACCUAGCAAUUUGAAUUUCACAGUGUCUGAUGGGCCCAUCUUAGAUGUACAACAAGAGGACUUCGACAAUGGUGCAGUUAAUGUAUCUCAGAAUGAAGGCCAAGUGUUGGAAAAUGGUUCAGUUGUGCUCCCACAGUAUUCGGAAUCUUUAGGUGUUGGGACAAUGCCUCUUUAUCAUCAGUUUCAACAGCAAGUGCCACCGUCGCAGCAUUUUUCCGGUGCCGGACCUAUCAAUUUGAAUUUCACAGCGUCUGAUGGGUUCAUCUUAGAUGUACAACAAGAGGAAGUCGACAAUGGUGCAAUUGUAGCUAAGAGUGAAGCUGGAGUGAUGGAAAAUGGACCUGAUGCCUUGAAUACACUGAUAUCUUUUCCCGGUCAAUUCGAUGACUAUCUGCUCCCAGGGUAUCCAGAAUAUUUUGAUUCCAUAUAA